AUGAAAAUUUGCUACAACGCUGGAGGCAAAACAAUCACCAGCUGCAUAUUCGCAAAGGAUUCCUUAUUUGCCGUCAGCUACGAGCAUGGUUCUGGUCCAGGACGCGUAUUCAUAAUUGAACUUGACCUCCAUGACGAUGGCACACUGAGGGAACGACGAUGUGUGCCUAUAGCACUGCCCGACGAGCCUGUUUGGGACGGUGAGCGCAACCAUCCUCAGUUCUUAGCUCUCGAUGAGACAGGAAGUGCGCUGUGGCUCAAUACGAAGGUUGGCUUGCUCGUGCUACCCAUGCACAAUUUGCAGCCUGAGACAUGCUGCCUCUGGAAGGAUUUACGUGUGGCGGAGCCGCGCAAGCGGCUUCGACUUCUGGGCAACAGUGUGUUGUUUGACACCGCCACGCGGGAUGUUUACAUACUCUUUGACGCCAGUCGUUGCUGUUAUGACGCCAUGUUUAACCGGGAGAACGACGAAGACGUUUAUGAUGAUUCCCCUUGUUAUGUUCGUCGUCUGGCGCCCAGUCAGAAGCCUGCUGGGAAGCCUUGGCAGGUGAGCUACCCUGACUUGCCGGGCGACUAUGUUUGCAGCGCGGAGUUUACAAUCGACGGCUUUUCGGACUCCUUCUGCAUCUCAGCGUCAUGCCUGCUGCGAUCCACACCGCAGCGAUUGCAGGUCGUGGAUGCUGAUGGCGGCUUCUGGGAGAUGGAGAUCUGA